GUGCUAGUGGUUCCGGCUCAGACAGAGUGAAGACAUGGCGUCUUCCAUGGAGCUGAUGUGCUGGGGAGGAGACUGGGGGCUGCCCUCUGUCCACACCGACUCCCUCAUCGUGCUGGCAUAUGCCAAAUUUUCACGGGCUCCACUGAAUGUGCACUUCAUUAAUAAUCCCUGGAAAUCACCCACAGGUGACAUUCCAGUAUUGAUUUAUGAUAAUAACAACUUUGUGCAACCUGAGAGCAUUCUGAAUUUUCUACGAAAACAGAAAUACAACGCUGACUACGAACUGACAGCUACACAGGGAGCGGACACGCUGGCAUUCAUUGCACUGAUUGAGGAGAAACUUCGCCCAGCUUUGCUGCAUGCUUUCUGGGUGGACAUCGAGAAUUACUGCAAUCUGACGCGGCCAUGGUUUGCUUCGAGAAUUCCCUUUCCGUUGAAUUUCUACAUACCAGGGCAGAUGUCGAGGUGUGCCAUGAAUCAGAUUGUUCUGUCCAGGGGGGAACCUCCUUUCUUCAACAUCAAGGAGGUGGAAACACAGAUAUACCGAGAUGCGAAGGAAUGUCUGAACCUUCUGUCUUAUAGAUUGGGAACAUCUAAUUUCUUCUUUGGGAAAACACCAACGAGUUUUGAUGCCUUUGCCUUUGGAUUUCUGGCUCCGCUCUAUAAAGCAGAGCUGCCUAACGCCCAUCUGCAGAAACAUUUGCAUCAGCUCCGAAACCUGUGCCACUUCUGUGAUCACAUCUUGACUCAGUACUUUGCGCAAAGCUCUGCAGUCACCUCUGAGGAAAUGAUGGAUGAAAACCUGCAGAAGCUAACCCAACUUGUCAAUAAGGAAUGCAACUUAAUCGAAAAGAUGGACGACAAUCUUCGCAACAGCCCCCAACAUAAACCCCAGGGAGCCCCCCCUCUUUAAAAGUGGCAACCGCGACCAGUGAAGUGAACUCCUCGCAGCACUGACACGCCUUGACUGGCCUUGUUGCAGGGACGUAUAUAUAUAUGCAGCAAGUCGGGGUAGGCAGAUCUUUCACAGUUGCUACAGACACGCGAGGAGGAAGGUGGAGAUGGGAGGUAAACAAAGAGACCUUCUCAAGGGGGUGUCUGAAACUGAACAUGGGCAGAAGAAGCCAUCCAGAAACCACGCACAAAUCACUGGAGCUCGAUUCUAAUUCAGCGGCCGGUACUGAAGAAGCAGCCGCGUCUGUUCCGAUGCGACGCCUCAGGCCUGCUUCUGAAUUUGGCUUUUAAACGUUAAAUUUAAGAUCAUGUGAUAGGAGUAGAAUUAGGCCAUUCGGCCCAUCAAGUCUACUCCGCCAUUCAAUCGUGGCCGAUCUAUCUCUCCCUCCUAGAGACAGAUCAGCCACGACAGACUUAACCUGUUCACUGACAAUAGACGUAUGUGGUGCAUAUUAGGUUCCAAUGAAUGGUAUGCAUGGAACCAGAUUAGUGAAUGUAAUAGCUGCUGACAUGCCGGUGUUGAUUGCUUCACCAAGUGGCUGCCAAUUUUGGAGACAUCAGUGUUUCCUAGAAUAUUCCUCUGUUUCCCCUUUCUUGUUUGCAAUAGACUAUAGCUGACCAACACUGGUCUGAAUGUGCCAGCUACACAUAGACGUCUUGCAGCGCUCAUUACUGGGAGCUUGUUUGAACUGCACAGGUAUUAACCUUGGGUAAACUAUCUAAAAUGCCCCAGUUACUAUCCCUCAAUCAAUGCAAUGCUGACGUUGUAGCUUUGUAGACACCUUUAGUGUAGAAUUAUAAAGAAUUGUAAUUUUAUUUUCAUAAUAUUUCCAUACAUUGGUUAUCAAAGUAUGGACAACACCUGAAUGUAUUUUAAAACAAUAUGGACUUCAGAGGUCCAUAACAGGGCGGUAGAGUUGCUGCCUCACAGCGCCAGAAACCCGUGUUCGAUCCUGACUACGGGUGCUGUCUGUAGAGAGUUUGCACGUUCUCCCCGUGAUCGCGUGGGUUUUCACCCGGGUGCUCCGGUUUCCUCCCGCACUCCAAAGACGUGCAGGUUUAUCGGUUAAUUGGCUUAGGUAAAAAUUAUAAGUUGACCCCUAGUGUGUGUAGGAUAGUGCUAGCUUUCGGGGUGAUCGCCGUUCGGCGCGGACUCGGUGGGCCGAAGGGCCAGUUUCCACGCUGUACCUCUAAACUAAACUAAACUGAACUUAAUAAGCAACAUAAGCUUUUACAGCAAAACAUGUCUUGAGCUCUACUCUGCAAAAGUGAAUGUAAUGGCUUGUGAUCCAUGGGAAAACCACUUGAUUCAUCUUGGAUCAAUACUCCCUAUCAGAUUUAGUUCCCAUGCUGCAGGGAACAGAGAAGUCACUGAAUUGAUGUAAUGUGCUUUAAUAUCAUCCUGGACAAUUUGGAGCUUUUUUUUUUAGAAGUGGAAUAUUAACAAAUUGAUUUUAACAGUAUCAUUUGAAACCCAGCCAUUCAAGGAUAGUAGCGACUUAGUGAAAGCAUCCAGGUUUUGAACUGGAAAUUUGCUUCAGGUUUAGGUUAAAUCGAUAAGUGAAUACAAAGAAUAUCAAUUU